GUCUUAACAAACAAGUAAUUUAAUUAAGAAUAUUUCAGAUUAAGAAUGUCGAGAUGUUACAAGACAACGAUAACGGAUCUUCAGGGUUUACAAGCUGUAACUGAUGAUAAACGAGUAUUAAAACAAAUAUUGAUUGAUGUUCUCAACCUGAGGACUGGAAUGGAAGAUAACCUACUUCUAAUACAGAAUGUCUAUCACACUGUAAAAAAUAUCAAGUCCGUGAGCACAGAUUUGAUGAAUGCAAUAUCCGUAGUUCAGCAACAUAUUGAUUCUAUGAAUAGAGUGUGUACACUGGGAGUAUCCUGGCUCAAAUAUGAUGUGGAUUUUUCUCUUAAUUACAUCACAGACGCUCAAAAUGAAAGAGACGACCCGAAACCGAAAGAGAAUCCUGAAUGUGAGAUUAAGAUUGAAAUACCAGAUUGGAAGAACGCAGUUAUCAUUGAUCACAAAAAUGAUAUGAAUAUCACAGGCUGCGUGGAAAACUCGGAAACCGAACAUGUAGACUCACUAGUUGUCAACAUCAUGGAAACUCAAGUUUAUCCAGCCACCGACGAUGUAAAACGAGUAGAUGUAAAGGAAGCUGUCUGUGUAGAACCUGGAGUUAAAAACUGCGUUAAAUCUAUAGACAAACUGAUUCCCAAAAUGAAAACGAGUAAACGCGUAAAAAAAGAAAUGGUAUUAAAACAGGAAACUCAGAGUUCUGAAUCAAAUGAAGGAUCUGAUAAAAAUGACGUUUUUAGAUUUCCAUGCAAUUUGUGUGAUUAUAGAACAAAUCGUAAGAACACCUUAAAGAGGCAUACAUCAAGUGUUCAUUUAAAAAUUCGAUAUAAUUGUGAUGAAUGCAACAAAACCUUUUCCCAACCCAAGAGUUUAGAAAGACACAAACUGAAUAUUCACCAGGGAGAAAGGGUGUAUUGUGAAGAAUGUAGCUUUUCUACUCCCCGGGUGGAACUAUUGAAGCUUCACCAAAACAGUGUUCAUAAAGAUAUCAAGUUUGUUUGUACUUCAUGUGAUUUUAUCGGACUUACAGAACGCCAGUUUAUUAUACACAAGGUGUUGAGGCACAACGAGACGGAUAUAGCUGAAAAUCAGACUAGUUUCCCCUGUGAUAAAUGUGAUUAUGUGGCGGGUUCAAUAUCGUAUCUAAAGAUACACGUGAGAAAGCACAACAAUGGUGACGAUGAAUCUUUAAUAUGUGAUCAGUGUGAAUACGUGGCUCCUAGAAAGUUAAACUUGAAAUUGCACAUGGAGAACAAGCAUAGCAGUGUUUUGUACACUUGUGAUCAAUGUGAAUACAAAUGUUACAGUAAAGUAACAUUUAAGCUGCAUAAAAAAAAGCACGAAGGUAGAUUUUUAUGCGAUCAAUGCCCCUUCAUUGGAACAUUAAAGUCUCACUUAAAAAACCAUAUGAAAAUUAAACAUGACGGAUUUAGAGUUCCUUGUGAUUCUUGCAAGUUUAUGGCUCAAACUCAGCAGCAUUUAAAAAGACAUAAAGAAGCUGUUCACAUUGGGGUUAAAUACCCCUGUGAUCUUUGCUCAUUUUCAUUUUCAAACAAAUCAAAUCUAAAAGAGCACAAAGCCUGCAAGCAUGAUGAUACUAAACAUCCUUGUGAAGAGUGUGAUUAUUUGGCCUCGUCGCAAAUAGCUCUGAGAAAGCACAUGAAAACUAAGCACCCCUGUGCAACACAACUGCACCCCUUUAAGUGCCACGAAUGACUUCCCCGAAAAACUUGUUAGCAUGAAAUUUAAUGAAUCUUGUACAAGACUUUUAAACAGAGAUUUUGAUACAGAUCAAAAUUGAACGAACGUGGAAACUGUAACUCAUCAUUUAUUAAACGUUUUUGUAUUCUACCCACCUUUGUAUACUCGACAUAAAAAAACUGGUUUCCUGUUUAAAAUUAUAUUUUCAGAA